AUGUUUGCCAUCAUUUUCACCUUGUGUCUUUAUCUAAGCUUCUUAGGUAAAUGCGAAGCUGUAAGCAUUAGAGGAAGAAGAAAUCAGAGUAACGUCGUUGUACAAGCAAAUACUGCUGGAGACCAAAAUCGAUCCGCCGUACCAAAAGUGGAUAGCUUUCCUGAACUAAAGAAAGGGCACACUCUUAAAGGAAGGCGCACGAUUCGGAAAGCAAGAACUUUCGGUGCCAACAUGAAUCAAGCUCAUGGAACGAAGAAAUCACUCGAUGUCAGAAUGAAUAAGGAACCAAAUGCUAGUAUCCCUACACAAAGUUCAAAAGAAGUAACAGUGAAACCAUCAGAUGCAGAACGAAAAUUAGCAAAUUUUCGAGCAUUUUAUCAACGUAAAAAAGUAGGUAGAGAAAGAGGUGAUAAAAAAGCAAAAGAAUGGUUUAAAGUAAGAUCUGCAAGAAUAAAUGAAAGAGAAACCGGUUUAACUCAAAGAAUGAAAACGGCUAAAUAUACGCAAGAUGAUUUGGAACGUUAUCAAAAACGAAUUGCACGUCAUGCAAAAUAUAGGGAAAAACAAAAACGAACAAAGAUAGAUCUCAAUCAGGUCCCUACAGAUCGAAGCAGUCGAAAAAAUCGAGAAGAUUGGACAGAUGGUUUAUAA